AUGUUCACAUCUAUCUAUCUAUCUAUCUAUCUAUCUAUCUAUCUAUAUAUAUAUAUAUAUAUAUAUAUAUAUAUAUGUGUGUGUGUGUGUGUGUGUGUUCACAUCUAUCUAUCUAUCUAUCUAUCUAUCUAUCUAUCUAUCUAUCUAUCUAUCUAUAUAUGUGGUUCGCGCGCUCGUGAUAUUCGUCGUCGAUUGUGUUUGAUUUAUGUUGAUCUGUUUUUUUUUUUCAUUUUUCUAUUUAAUACGUCCUACCUUUCUUCCUUCACACCCUGUUCUCCCUUCCUCCUUUCUCUAACUUUCUUACCUCCUCCUUUUCCUCCUUUACACUCUGGUACACUCCUCCUACUUUCUCUAUAUUCUUACCUUUCUUUUUCAACACCUUCUUUUCCUUUAAGCAGUCUUAACUACUCCACACACUCUUUGCCCCUCUUCCUUUCUCGAGCUUUCUUACCUCCUACCUUUCUUCAUUCACUGCCUUUUCCCCCUCCUCCUUUCUCGCGCUUUCUUACCUCCUACUUUUCCUCCUUCACAUUCUGUUUUCCCCUCCUCCUUUCUCGAUAUUCAUACCUCCUACCUUUCCUCCUUCACAUCCUGUUUUCCAGUCGUCCUUUCUCGAGCUUUCUUCUCUCCUACCUUUCCUCCUUCAUAUCCUGUUUUUCCUCUCCUCCUUUCUCGAGCUUUCUUACCUCCUACCUUUCCUCCUUCACAUCCUAUUUCCACGUACUCCUUUCUCCAGCUUUCUUACCUCCUACCUUUCCUUCUAACUACAUUCUUUCCCCUUCCUCUAACUUUAUUCUGCAUUACCCCCUUCACACUUUCUUUUUCUAG